AUGCUGAUAACAAGGUACCUCUACGCCCCGACCAUUGGUACCUAUAUCUUUAAUCUUGCCUAUGUCGAUGACUUGGCGUACAUUAAUGUCGGUGCGGACAGCGCCUUCGAAUGCUGUCAAAUAAACUCGACGGUUUCAAAUCCUGGCCCCUCUACCUUAUAUGUAUUGUGGCCUCAAAGUUUGAAUAAAAUCAGCAUCGAUCUGGAUGGCGGAAUCUAUGACCCCCUUCGUCUGUUUUAUGUAAACAGAAACUACUUGGCUGGAUUGCAAUUUCAAUUCAGUGACCCGCAAGGAGUCGAGCAUAAAAAUCUGGACGUCCUACAUAUUCUCAGCCAUUGGAUGGAGAUAAGUGUGAUGUACCUCCCUUCUAUUCGACAAGCCUGUGGUCUAAAACCUACACAUCUUUUUUUACUGUCGUUUCCACUUUCGCUAAUACAAAAGGGCAACUAACCACUACUAACAUGGUCUUCGUAGAGGAACCGCCCGUCUACACUUUCACCUCUACGUCUGUGGAGCCCUACAGCGGAUUCUUGACAUCAACCUAUUCUAAUACUCGAAUAACGACGACUGGUGCCAAUGGAUAUCAAACCGUUAACACUGUCUACUUUGUUGAGACUCCUGAUGUUGAAGUUCAGUCCACUAAAAUUACCGGCUGGACUGGAUCUGUCACCUCAACCUACUCCACAGAACUGACCUCCUUCACCGGCUCAGACGGUAUCCCAACCACCGAGACCACUUACUACAUCGAAACGCCAGUAUCUGCUUAUUAUGGAAACACAACUAUUCAAAGGAACUCUGCUCAAGGCUCGUCAACUCUCUUGCCCGGACCAAGUUCGCUGAUUUCAACGGGCUUGAAGGUGACUACCACCGAAACUCCCCCUGCCCCCGGCGCGUCAACCACUUCUAUCGUGACUACCACAGUCAGCGGGGCUGAGACUAUUUACACGACCACCUGUCCUGUAAGCAAUCCUACAGGAGCCUCGAACUUCCCUGGUCCUGGCUCCAGCGCCUCGACAACUUCUGUCGUGACUACCACAGUUAGUGGCAUCGAGACGAUUUACACCACAACCUGUCCUGUAAGCGAUAUGACCACUGGUGCACCUGCUGCUAGUGGUUCCAACUCGGGCUCCAACUCUGGCUCCAACUCUGGCUCUGGCUCCUAUGCAGCCUCAACCUCCGGCUCUGGUUCUACUCCAGGCUCUGGCUCCAACUCGGGCUCCAACUUUGGCUCCAACUCUGGCUCUGGCUCCUAUGCAGCCUCGACCCCAGGCUCUGGCAAUGGCUCUAACUCAGGCUCUAGCACUAGCGUCUCUCAAUCAACCACAACCAUCGCGCCGGAGACGCAAUCUCUCGGUCUAUUGUCCAGCACAUCGGCCAGCAAAAAGGCUGGUGCAACUGCUUCUCUAUCGGUUACUACCUAUGAUGGUGCUGCUAGCAAAAUAGGCUUUAGCUUGCUAUUUGUUUUGCCUCUAGCUUUGAUUUAA